AUGGCCGAACCUCGUCCUGACGUGGACGUCCACGACACAUCCGACACAGUUCCCUCCGACACAGUCCCAUCUGAUACAAUUUCCUCCGACUCCAUCACCAACACUUCUACUCCUGCUCCUGCUCAACUUGACGGUGCUACCUCCUCCUCGAACGGUGUCACAAACUUCAAAGACAGCUUGUUAGCUUCCGCCCAGUCGACCAUGAGUGCCGUAAACAACCACCCAACCACGCAGAGCGCGAAGGAUGCCAUUGUUGGCGGUGAGAUUGCCUUUACCAAAUUUCGUAGUGCAUAUACUGAUUUGAAAAAAGGUCCUGUUGGCCAGAAUGUCAAGGAGCAAAGCGCUAUCACCAAGAAUGAAUUUGCGGAUCUUGCAGCUUCGCGUCAAACUCCUGAUCAGCCGGCAGCUACAGGACAGCCCUUGACUCACUACCACUCCAUGUUCUACCGUCUGUUGAGCUGGAAGAAUCCUCGUGCUACCGCCAUCUCGUAUGCCGCCGCUGUCACCUUCAUCUUCAUGGCCAGAUAUCUUCCUAUCUUCCGCUAUAUCUUCAAGGGAAUCUACAUCGUUCUUGGCUUGACCGCGACUGCAGAAGGUGCUGGAAAACUUGUCUUCGGCAAUGGGUUGACCUCACAGAUGCGCCCGAAGAAGUAUUUUACCAUCCCCAAGGCUUCCCUUGAGCGCCUUCUAGACGAUGUUGAGCAGUUCAUCAACUUCUUCGUCAUUGAAUUCCAGCGAAUAGUCUUCGCUGAGAAUCUUUAUGCUACUGGUGCUUCCUUUGUGUCCGCUCUCCUCGCAUACUGGCUCAUCAAGUUCACACCGCUCUGGGGCCUCUCUUUGAUCGGAACUACUGUCUUGUACAUGGGACCUUUGAUCUACAUCUCAAACCAGGAGCUUAUCGAUUCUCAACUGGCAAAGGGGCGUGAAGUUGUCGGAGCGCAGGCCAGUCAAUUUAAGGAUCUUGCCGCUCAGCACACUGGCCGAGCUUCAGAGACCAUCAAGAACUAUGCUGGGGAGUAUUCUUCCAAGGCGCAAGGAAUAAUGGGCCGCGCUACUUCGCCAAACCCAGCUCCGAAGAAGCAAGAUUUCCCAUCAGCUCCAAAACAAGACCCAUUGCCUUCCGCUCCGAGUUCCACUCCAAUCGAGCCUCUUGGUGCCAAGCCGGCCGUUCACCCGGUUGCGGAGCCCUUGUGA